CAGGAGCCGGAGCGUGGAGGAUGAUGUCAGCGCCGCACACGACCCGGUCGCGGGAGCCCGCGCGGGCAUGGGCCUGAGGUCAUUUAAGAAGCAGGAUAUGAUGUAUGGUCCAGCGGUGCAGUCUGGCUCGGCGAGUGGGAUCCCUGCCAGCUUUACGACAGAGAGGGAUGUGCCAUCAAGGAGCGGAGAUGCACAAGGAGGUGGCGAGUGCCGGAAGCAAGAGUCACCUGAGCCAGGGCACUGGUGGUGGUGAAAUGAGCCAGAACAAGAAACUGUGUCUGAGGAGAGGCUCGGAGGGAAGCUCCUCCAGCCAAGACUUUGAUGUGAUCAGUGCCAUGGAGUGGACCAAUGGCAUUGCCACUCUACCCGGAAGUUCUAUCAAGUUCUGCAUGAAUGAAAUUGGAGCUUUGGAGGUGCUGGAGGAGGGACGAGCGAGUGGUAGUUCUGCUGCUGCCACUGCUCAGAAAACAGCAGUUGCACGGAGCGAGGUUUGGAAAUGCUUUGGCAAAAGCUUGGAGUCAAAGUGUCACCGUACUCUGCUGUGCAAUGACGACUAUAGCAGCCGAAAACUGGCAAGCAGGCUCGCAGAAGGUGGCGGUGUGGGCAGGGUUAAUGCCUCGGUGAUUGAGCGACUAAAUAAGAAAAGGAAGAUCGGGAGGAGGAAGCUGAGCGUGUUGCUGAAGUGCGAGCCGAAUGAUAAGCCAAACUGGAGCGCAAGGUUUUGUGAGAGUGUUUCCAAGGACAGAAGUCCCAGGACGGUGAAAAUGAAGUGCAAGUCGUCUGAGCAUUUGCCUGAGAUUCCCUGUAAGCAGAGACGCGUUUGUGAUGCACUCCAGGCAGCCAGGAAAGAGGACUGGUCCUGGGAUGCCUAUAUUAAAGCGGAACAGGCGAUCGCCGCACCCCUAAAACUCUUCACAGAGUGCCAGACCUUCCCAACGAGCAGCAACGAGUUCCAGGUGGGGAUGAGGCUGGAGGGGGCUGACCCGCAGCACCCAUCCCUUCACUGCGUGCUCAGCGUCACUGAGGUUUUAGGCUAUCGUCUGAGGCUUCAUUUUGAUGGCUACUUGGAAAAUUAUGACUUUUGGGUCAAUGCCAACUCGCUGGAAAUCCACCCAGCCGGCUGGUGCAACACAACCGGGCACCGCCUCCUACCACCCAAAGGUUACUCGGAGGAAGAGUUCAGCUGGCCUGCCUACCUGAAGGUGUGCAAGGCCCAGGCUGCCCCGAAGCAUCUCUUCAAAGGCCAGAGCAGGGCGAGUGGAAUACAGCCGGCAACUACGCACAGCUUCGAGGAGGGAGCGAAGCUUGAGGCGGUGGACAGGAAGAACCCGUCGCUGGUGUGCGUUGCCUCUGUCGCAGACCAUGCUGACAGCCGCUUCCUCGUUCACUUCGACAACUGGGACGACACCUACGACUACUGGUGUGAUGCAACCAGCCCGUACAUACACCCCGUUGGCUGGUGCCAGCGGAAUGACGUUCCCCUAACCCCACCUCUCGGGCACCCCGAGGACAGGGAGUUCAGCUGGGAAAUAUAUUUGGAGGAAAUGGGAGCCGAUCCAGUGCCUGCGAGAGUCUUUAAGCCGCGUCCACCCCACGGGUUCCGCAUUGGCAUGAAGGUCGAGGUGGUGGAUCGCCGCAACCCCGUGCUCAUCCGCGCAGCCUCAGUAGCGGCGACGGAUGACCAUCACAUCAAGGUGCGUUUCGACGGUUGGAAGGCUCUGUACGACUACUGGCUGGAGGCGGACAGUCCGGACAUCCACCCCGUCGGCUGGUGCAGCCGCACUGGUCAUCCUCUACAGCCUCCCAUCGGUACCAAGGAUGUGAGCGUUCUUCCCGGACCAAACGAUUGUCCCACGCCCGGAUGCACUGGGGUGGGGCACAUCAGGGGUGCAAAAUACUCUGGUCAUCACAGCGCGUUUGGCUGCCCCUACUCGGAGAUGAACUUGACCAAGGACUGGGCGAAUCCCGAUCGCCUGGGCUUGGAGCGUGCAGCCCUGACAACGGCGUCGCUGUCUCGCGGGAAGCGCUCCGACUCGUUUGGAGACUCCUGCUCUGCUGGGAUCCCAAACAGGAAAUGUCCCACACCGGGUUGUGACGGCUCGGGCCACGUGACCGGCCGCUUCAGCACCCACCACCGGCCCUCGGGCUGUCCCCUGGUGGUUGACCAGCAACAGCCGCAGCAACAGCAGCAACCACAACAGCAGCAGCAACAGGGAUGCUUGCCAGUGGGACAGUCUCAACCCACAUCUCCCGAGGGCGCAGAAGACAGCAGUGAUGAGGACGAUGAUGAUGACGACGUCGAGGAGGAAAAGAACGAGGUGUCAAGCACGUCCUCGCCAUCGCCCUCGCUCAGCACCACAACUCCUCAACCAAGAUUUGCACCGUCUUCACAGCAGGGACAGAAUGCUACAGGAUUGGAGCUGAAUGUCACUGAGGAGCUGGACGCCGGGAUUCUGCAGCAAUCCAUGUUCCUGUCUGCCCUGUCGCCCAACCCGGCGCGCUCUCUGCCUCUCUUCUGGGAGCAGCACUGCCAGAUCCUGCCACAGGUGGCCGGCAUCACGGCCUGCCACGUGUCCAAGUGGGGGGUGGAUGAGGUGGCCAAAUUCAUCAGUGCCCUACCGGGUUGUGAUGAGCAAGCCAAGUUCUUUCAAAAUGAACAGAAGAUUGACGGGCCCGCCUUCCUGCUGCUAACUCAGUGCGACCUGGUGAAGAUCAUGGCCAUCAAGUUGGGGCCCGCCCUCAAGAUCUACAACUCCAUCCUCAUGUUCCAGAACGCCGACUCGCGCACCGAGCUCUGACCCCAACGCCGUCAGCGCCGCCAGCGCUGCCAGCGUUGCCAACGCCCAUGAUGGAGAGGGGCCGCUCGCUGGUGCGUGCACGAGAGGCUCGCUUAGGGCCGCCAGGCGACGCCGGGAAAAUGGGCUAGGGGGUAGAGUGAUGUUACGUAAGCCUGACCCUAAUAGACGUUGUGUUUUUAUCGGCGCAUAGACGCAGCUUAAGUUGACGGUGACGAAGCUGCGGCUGUCGCUGCGUUUGAGUGCAGUUUGUUCGGGGAGUCUGUAUUCGGGGGAUAUUCAUAACUCAGUACUAUAGAUACGGUCUCGGGGAUGUAUGUCUCAUCAGCAAAUAACCUAUAAGUGUAACAGGAAUCCAGGCGACCGCUGUGGGGAUGGCAGCUAUUAAGUGUGACGGGCAGAGCAAGUGAAAUGCAUGUUAUUUUCAAUGUGAAAUAACAGCACGAAGAGCUUCAACUGUGCCUCGCGCUAUUCACCUCAAGCAGAACGAUUAACUCUGUUGACCUUGGUGCAAAUGACAGGGCAGUAUCAUCACCAAACACUGUGCGUUCAGAACUUGUAUGCGACAGUACUGUUCAGGCCUCGCUGCCACUUCUGACAGGGUUGGGUUUUUGUGUGUGUGUGUGUAACGCCGCGUAAAUACACGAGUGCAUGUACACGUGACCUUGCAAAGAGAAGUUGUUCAGAAGUAUUUUUUAUUUUAUUUUUAAAAAACAAAAAAAAACACGCAAUUUCACACGUGAUUCCUUACAGAGUUGUUUGUAUAUAUGGUUGAUAUUUAUUUCAAUUUCUUAAAAAAAACACGACAGCGUUAAUACUGAAAACUGAGAAAAUCAUGCGAGUGAUAUUGGGCUGUGCCACAGUAAGGUUCCGCUUGUUACAUUUUAUUUAGAGCACUUUACAUUUGUAACCGUUUUGUUGCUUUCGAUGUGCUACCGUUGUGUUUUUGUUCUCGUAAACUUGUGUUUAUUAAGGUGAGGUCUUUAUAUUUUUUUAACCGUGAAAUAAAUAAAUAAACUCCCAUUUUUAAAUUAAAAACCUGUGAUUGUGUGCCGUCGCUAAAACUAUACCAGAUUUGAACUUUGACUUUGCUAUCGUAUGGGACCAUAUUUUCAUUCGGCUUGCAAACCGUUGCUGUUGUGUUUUGAAUACAAAAACACUAGGUGAGGGCUUAGUUCAGUUGAUUAUCUACAACGAUACCAAAAAGUGCAGAGAUAAGUUCAAAUUGUAGUUUCCACUUUUAACAUAUGCUCAGUUCCCUUGUAAAAGGUGAUAUUGUACCGUAACCAUUAAUAAAUGAGAGAUGAUGGAAAGUCA